AUGGAGAAGGUUGAGCCCACUUUAGAAGUGUUCUAUGAGGAGAAGAAGCGGGUCAAGAACCCUUGGGUACCAGUUGGGGCGUUGUUGACUGCUGGUGUGCUCACGGCCGGCUUGAUCAGUUUCAGGCAAGGCAAUUCUCAGCUGGGGCAGAAGCUAAUGAGAGCUCGUGUGGUUGCCCAAGGUGGCACAGUGGCGCUUAUGGUUGGCUCCGCAUACUACUACGGGGAGAAUCCGUGGAAAAAAUCUAGUUAA